AUGGUCAACGCAGAGUUUCGCCGGCUUCCCUUCCCCAUUCUCCCGCAAGGCACAAUCCUUCAACAUGACGUGCCUAUACUUUCGCUGGAACAUAUUAUAGUUAUAUCCCCAUCUCUCCUCGUAGUCCGCAAGGUCAUACACAUUGACUGGCUACCCAGUCUUCCAGUCGCGGUCGAUCUGUUUGCGGAGGACGAUGGGAUCGCCUUUUGCAAUAUCAACCCCCCAUUCAUGAAGCCAUCGGGUUCCGUUAGCAGCACAGGAGAUGGAGGCGCCAACAUUGGUGGUGAAGUCGCUGCGUUCGUAAAUCGUCAUAUCAUGACCAGCACAGCGCAAGGCGAUGGCAACGGACAUGCCGGCGAUGCCACCGGAGACUACGCAAACAUUCAAUUGUCUCCAGGUUUCUUGGUGAGAGCCCGUGGUGGAUUUAUCGAUCUGUAG